UACAUCACAACGUGCAGCUACAUCCGCCAUCUUUUUUUUUAGUGAGUUGCAAAAGACUGGGCGCCAGGAAAUGUUAACAUGUCGGACCAUGACUACGUUUUCAAGGUUCUUGUUUUGGGAGAUAGUUCCGUUGGAAAAUCCAGCCUGAUUAGAAGAUUUCACUCGAAUGUUUUUGAUAAAAGACUUCCUACGACUAUAGGAGUCGACUUUUUCAUCCACGACUUGGAAGUAGACGGGAAGAAAGUCAAGCUUCAACUGUGGGACACGGCAGGUGAAGAGAGAUUCAGACAUAAUGGACUGACCAACUCCUAUUACAGGGGCGCUCACGGCGCACUCGUGGUGUUCUCUCUGUCAUCACGCAAAUCAUUUGAAAAUAUUCAAACACAGUGGUUGGAGGAAUUUUACAACAAAAGUGGAUCAGAUACGAUUGCUGUUUUAGUAGGUAACAAAUGUGACUUGGAAGAUAAGAGAGAAGUAGAUGAAGAUGACAUAAGGGAAUUUGCAGAGUUGAAUUCUAUGUGUUGGUUAGAAACAAGUGCUAAAGACUGUACCAAUGUGAAAGAAGCUUUUGAAACAAUGGCUUAUAAACUUUGUGAGAGCCAUGAGCAGUAUCUGUCACUUGCAUCAGAGAACAGCAGUGGUCCAUGUAGUUUCACUCUUCAUGGAGCCUAUGGUGUGCCUGAACAAACAACAGAGGGCUACUGUUCUGGCUGUACUUUGAAUUUGACAGGUUAACAACAGUUAAAUGAUUGGAUUGAACAUAUGUCAUAUGAACACUAUGACUCUAUGUGCAUUGUUAUGGAUGAAACACAGACUGUAAUUAACAGCUCCUUGUAUGGUGGGCUGUUUGAGGUGAGGUGCAAAAGGGUAAUGUUUGGGAGGACCUAAUCUUUCACUGAAUUUGAAGGGGUUGUUUAAGAGUUCUAAUGAGCUGUUACUUAUUAUUAUUUUGUAACUAUUACUGUAUAUAGUGUACUCUACAUUUUAGGAUCUAGGUCACAUUCUAAUGAGAUGAACAUGUUCUUUUGAUGAAAAAAAAUAGUUUGUGGUAGAAAAGGUUGAGUUCAGUUCUCCCCUUCCAUAACCUUUUAACUCUGUAGAUCUGAUUGUUAAUUCUCCCUUCUACUGCUACAUAUUUCCUUGUAAGUUAGUUACCAGAAUUUGGUGUUAGAUCA